GUGCACUGGACAUACAAAGAAGGAGAACUGGAUGAAGAGCACUGGGGAAAGCACUUUCCAGACUGUGCUGGCAAGCACCAAUCUCCAAUUGACAUCCAGAGGAAAAAAGUGAGGUACAACCCCCAGUUGUUGCAGCUGGAGCUGAAUGGUUAUGAUGGACCUUUGCAGGGAGAUUUCACCAUGAGCAACAAUGGUCACUCUGUUCAGAUCAAUUUGCCACCCACCAUGAACAUCUCCAGAGGGCUCCCAGGCCUCUACACAGCUGUCCAGAUGCACCUGCACUGGGGUGGCCUGGACCUGGAGACCAGUGGCUCUGAGCACACCAUAGAUGGGAUGAGAUACUUUGCAGAGCUGCACAUUGUCCAUUACAACUCAGCUGACUACUCAAGCUUUGAAGAGGCCAAAGACAAACCCAAUGGGUUGGCUGUGCUGGCCUUCCUGUACACGGAUGGACACUUUGAGAACACCUACUACAGUGAAUUCAUUUCCAAACUGGCCAGAAUCAGGUUUGCAGGUCAAUCAACCAAGCUCAAUUCUCUGGAUGUCCAAGCCAUGCUGCCAGAAAACCUGUCACACUUCUACAGGUACCAGGGCUCCCUAACCACUCCACCAUGCUCUGAGAGUGUGAUCUGGACCAUCUUUCACUCUCCAAUUGUCCUGUCACACACACAGAUCAGCCUCCUGGAGAACACCUUGCUGGACUGGCAGAACAGGACCCUACGCAACGACUAUCGCCACGCUCAGCCCCUCAGUGGGAGGGUGGUGGAGUCCUCCUUCCCAGCCAGACUCAACCAGGCACAAUGUCAUCCAGAAGAAUUUACCUUCAGACUGGACCAAAUCCAGAUGCAGCUCCAAGAGAUGAAGACAGACAGGAAAUGUAACCACUGACUUUUUGUUAUUUCAGGUCUUAAAUCCAGCACUUUUCCAGCUUUCUACUUCCCUGCAGAAAACAUUGAGAGCUUUGUGAAUGUUCACCCCCUCCAGGAUACAUCUCUUCAAGCCUUCACCUUAUGUUUCUGGACAAAAGCUCAGCACAGUGGCAGCCAAACCAUUCUGUCCUACUCCACACAGGAGAGGGACAACGAGCUGGUGGUGACAGUGGGCACAGAGGUGGCACUGGGGAUAGGAGAUCAUUUCAUCAGCUUCCCCCUGUCCCACAAGGCACAAGAUUGGCUGCACUACUGCGUGGCAUGGGCAUCCCAGUCAGGAAUGGCAAAUCUGUGGGUCAAUGGAGCAGCUGGCAAAGAAAUGAGCAUCCAGAAAGGGUAUGUGAGUCAAGCUGGAGGGACUUUUGUCCUUGGGAAAGACAGAGACACUCUUCUUGGGACAUUCUCCAAUGGUUUUGCAGGGUGGAUGACUCAGGUGAACCUGUGGAGCCAAGUUCUCAGUCCUGCAGACAUUCGGGCGCUCGCGCUGUGCAAACCAGGGCAGCUGAAGGGAGAUAUCAUAGCAUGGGGAGAAACCUCCAUGGCCCUGCUUGGGGGGGUGGUUCUGGAGAGUGACACCAGCUGCCAGUGA